AUGACGAUAUCAUGUAUCAUGGAAAACAGAGCUGUUUCUACGUAUGUCAUUGAGGUUUUAAGUUUGACUAUUGGUGAGCAGUCUCGUUUGAUUGCAGUUAGGCGGUCGAUGCCUAGUGGUGAUGCAGUGUCUAGUGUUGCUCGUGGUUUGAAACAUAUUGAGCACAAUCCAGUAACUAUGAGAACGAUGGUGAAUGAGAGCAAAUUCUGUGUUGAUGAUCAUAACGGUGUUUUAUAUAUUUUGGCUAAAUGGGAUCGUCCUCCUCGAGUACUUAGCAAGUGUAUUAUUCAAGUUGGUGACAGUGCUCUUCAUGUGUAUCAAGUGAAAAGUAUUGUCUCGAGGAAUGACUCUUGCAAAGCUUUCAUGGAUAUUCCAGUUGUUUCUCAACAAAAUUCAAUUGCUCCUGAAGCUGCAGUUCCAUUUGCUCUAGAAGAUGAAGUUGUUUCUUUGUUUGUUGUUGAUAAUCUGGAUCUAGUUGUUGAAGAGAAAUCUCAGCUAAUUGCUGCUAAGGGUUUGACCAGUGAGAAUCCAGCUAAAUUAGUGGCUCGGGUUGUUAAGCAGAAUCGUGGUGGCAAUUUUCUACCUACUUGCAAGUUUGCAUAUGAUCCAACGAAUAGUACUGUGUAUGUAAAGGUGGUUAAAGAAUCGGAUGCAAAUCUGAUGGCUGGGCGAUCUUUUGAGGUUGCUGGUGAGACAAUGUCGUUCUAUCGUAUUCUCAGUAUAAGGGUUGAUGUAAAUUGGCAAUCAGAGGUCUUCUUGUAUUCAGUUUGUCUUACAUGCUCCUUAAUAUGGAGUGUGAAUUUAUAUUUCCUCCAGGUGUCACACCCGACCAAGGAGGCGCCCGUCAUCGACUACAACCUCACGCUGCUCUUCCAGCCCAUGCUUAUGCUCGGCAUAACCAUCGGCGUAGAGCUCAGCGUCAUCUUCCCAUACUGGCUAAUCACUGUCCUCAUCAUAAUCCUCUUCGUAGGUAAUCAUCGCUUGCCUUUGAUUCAUGAGCUGUGGUUGCUCAAUGUGCUCAAGCUUCACAAUUCCCUUGAUCUAUUCAAUAUGACAGUAUAA